AUCAGUAUCAGGUGAAAAACACACUCGGUGGAUUAAGCUCUGGGUGGGAAUAAUACUUUUACUUUCUGUCAGUUCAAUUUGGAUUAACAAUUUCAUAUUACAGCAAGUGUUGUGCUGCUGGUAUGCUGCUUUGGGACACUGAGACACAAUUUUUUAUAGCCAAUGCUUUUGAAACAUUUAAAACAAAAGAUAAAAGAGUUAUCCCUUUGGAAGAGACUUGACAUGGAAUCAGCAGUCUGCUGAGGUGGUGAAACAAGAGGAGCUCUAGCGAAUAAAGUAAAAAUAUCUUUGCUGCUGUUUAUCUUGUCAGAAUCUAAGCACAAAAAAUGGUUGGAAUCAAACCCAGCGACUUGCCACCAACUGCCACUGUCAAGUUUUUCGGAGCUGGAACAGCAGCAUGUUUUGCUGACUUAAUUACCUUCCCCCUGGACACAGCCAAAGUGAGGCUUCAGAUCCAGGGAGAGUCUAAAGCUACCUCAGAAUUGGCAGCGGUGAAAUAUCGCGGAGUGUUUGGCACCAUAACCACUAUGGUGCGUACAGAGGGUGCAAGGAGUCUGUACAAUGGUCUGGUCGCAGGAUUGCAACGACAGAUGAGCUUCGCAUCUGUUCGCAUUGGUCUUUAUGACUCCAUGAAGCAAUUCUACACCAGAGGAUCUGAGACAGAUGCAGGCAUUGUAAUUCGCCUACUGGCUGGCUGCACCACCGGGGCCAUGGCUGUAGCUUUUGCACAGCCUACAGAUGUUGUAAAAGUGCGUUUCCAAGCUCAAGUGCGUCAGGCAGAUGGAAUAAAGAGAUAUAAUGGCACAAUGGAUGCGUAUCGAACUAUCGCCCGUGAUGAGGGUAUUCGUGGGCUCUGGAAAGGCUGUAUGCCAAACAUCACAAGGAAUGCAAUUGUAAACUGUGCAGAGCUGGUCACUUAUGACAUUAUCAAGGAACUCAUUCUGAAACAUGAUCUCAUGACAGAUAACUUACCCUGCCACUUUACCGCUGCAUUUGGUGCUGGUUUCUGCACCACAAUUGUGGCGUCUCCGGUAGACGUGGUAAAAACCCGCUUCAUGAACUCAUCUGCAGGCCAGUACAGCAGUGCACUUAAUUGUACUCUCACUAUGCUGACCAAAGAGGGACCAGCAGCUUUUUAUAAGGGCUUUGUGCCUUCUUUCCUUCGGCUGGGAUCUUGGAACAUUGUGAUGUUUGUCUCUUAUGAACAAAUCAAGAGAUUGCUGACUAGAAUGCAACACUCAUGGGAGUCACCAUUCUGAAGGCUGACUGAGGACAUUUUGUUGUCA